AUGACAAGCCCCCAAGAGCACCCCAAGAGUCACCCAGAGCCCCCAAGAGUCCCCCAAGAGUCACCCAGAGCCCCCAAGAGCACCUCAAGAGUCACCCAGAGCCCCCAAGAGUCACCCAGAGCCCCCAAGAGCACCCCAAGAGUCCCCCAGAGCCCCCAAGAGUCCCCCAGAGUCACCCAGAGUCACCCAGAUCCCCCAAAGUCACCCAGAGCCCCCAAAGUCACCCAGAGCCCCCAAGAGCCACCCAGAGCCCCCAAAGUCACCCAGAGCCCCCCAGAGCCCCCAAGAGUCACCCAGAGCCCCCCAGAGCACCCCAAGAGGCCCCCAGAGCCCCAAGAGCACCCCAAGAGUCACCCAGAGCCCCAAGAGCCCCCAGAGCCCCAAGAGUCACCAAGAGUCACCCAGAGCCCCCAAGAGCACCCCAAGAGUCCCCAAGAGCCCCCAAGAGUCACCCAGAGCCCCAAGAGUCCCCCAAGAGUCACCCAGAGCCCUCAAGAGUCCCCAGAGCCCCCAAGAGUCACCCAGAGCCCCCAAGAGCACCUCAAGAGUCACCCAGAGCCCCCAAGAGCACCCCAAGAGUCCCCAAGAGUCACCCAGAGCCCCCAAGAGUCCCCCAGAGUCCCCAAGAGCCCCCAAGAGUCCCCCAGAGUCACCCAGAGCCCCCAAGAGUCCCCCAGAGUCACCCAGAGCCCCCAAGAGUCCCCCAGAGUCACCCAGAGCCCCCAAGAGUCACCCAGAGCCCCCAAGAGUCCCCAGAGUCACCCAGAGCCCCCAAGAGUCACCCAGAGCCCCCAAGAGUCCCCCAGAGUCACCCAGAGCCCCCAAGAGUCACCCAGAGCCCCCAAGAGUCCCCCAGAGUCACCCAGAGCCCCCAAGAGUCACCCAGAGCCCCCAAGAGUCCCCCAGAGUCACCCAGAGCCCCCAAGAGUCCCCAAGAGUCCCCCAGUCACCCAGAGCCCCCAAGAGUCCCCCAGAGUCACCCAGAGCCCCCAAGAGUCACCCAGAGCCCCCAAGAGUCCCCCAGAGUCACCCUGA